AUGGCGUUGUUCGUUGUUGAUACUACAGAUGAGACGAAGGCUUUUAUUCAAGACACUAAUAUCCUAGAACGCUUGAAUGCCGCGAACUUUGAUCUAAUUCUUGCUAAUGCCUUUAACCCAGGCUUCGCUCUAAUUGUUGAUACAUGGCGUGUACCGUUCAUCAGUGUUUCCACCAUGAGAGCUUUACCGAUGAUAGACGAUUUACUUCAUGGUUUGCCUUCAAACCCUGCAUAUGUACCAGCGGUAAAAACAGGAUACUCAGAUGAGAUGACGUUUCCUCAGAGACUGGGCAAUACAUUUGCAUACCUUGCAUCGGCUGCAAUGUUUGAGUUUCUUUUGCUAAAACCAUUCAAAAGUAUACAGCAAAGGCAUAACAUCCGACCAGAGCUUUCAUACAGGAGUUUAUGUAGAAAUUCGGAGUUAGUACUUUUCUGUUCUGAUUUUGCAUUCGAUUAUCCCCGCCCUAUGAUGCCGCAUGCUAUUUAUAUUGGUUCAUUAACAGCAAGAACCCCAGACCCUCUUAGUCAG